UAGGGAGCAGAAGAAGAAGCGGGAGGCGUGUAAAACAGUAACUGGCCUCGGUCGGUAAGUUCUGUCCGCUGCAGGAGGAUUCAUGUCUGCGCAGGUGACCGUGCUGUACUUCGCUAGGAGUGCCGAGCUGACCGGACUGAGGGAGGAGGAGUUGGUUGCCGUGCCAACGCCAAUCAGCAGCGGGGACCUGUGGGCUCUGUUGCUACGGAAACAGCCCAGGCUGGUGGCGCUGCAGGGCCGCGUGGUGCUGGCCGUACGCCAGCAGUACGUCGCCAUCGGCAACCAGCAGCUGAGCCUGCAGGACGGCGACGAGGUGGCCGUGGUGCCGCCGCUGAGCGGAGGGUAGAACCGAACCGGAACCGGAACCG